AAAGUCAUUUGGUUCACACCACUCAUUUUCGCGUGUGGCGUUGAUUUUUAGCAAGACGCCAUACCGAGACCAGGCAGCCAAAUAUUUUUGGACAGCCGUAGCGUUACGAAAUUUGCAAAAAUAAGUACUUCCGGGGUCGCUCACAUAUUUUUCAAAAUAAACACCAAUAGCGACAUAACGCAGAACUGACUAAUAAUAGCUUUGAAUAUAUUAGACAUAUAGACGAGUUUUCAACGUAUAAGGAGAUGUUGAUAUAUAUUUUAAAUUACACAUUUCACGAAGGGACUUUCAUUUUCACUUGACGUGAUUGUGACACCGGAAAAGGAACAAAACUCUUGUUUAUUUCCCGCGAACUUUGCCUCGUUACCAUAGCAAUGGAGGGACGCGAGUGUACUUUCAUACUUUUUCAGGCACACGCUCGUGGAUAUCUCAUGAGAAAGGAGAUCAACUGCGCACGUUCAGAGUUUGAGGACAUUGUGAGAGAUAUCGAUGGAGAAGUGAACCACUUAGAGUGGAAGGGGCACAUUAUUGCCAUUCCUCACUUCAAAGACGGUGGCCCAUCUGGUAUCUUCACCAAAAAACAUGCGGAAGAAGCACCAGACGGGGGAAGCCAUUCUCUGGAGCAGCCAGGGGAGAGAGAAGGGGCACAGCUUAUGUCCGAUAGGCUAGAACCAGAGAGAGAUGACCCCUACAGCCAUGGACGGGCAUCCAUCUCCAGGGGCUCCUCCAGGCCUUCUUCUUGUCCACCUGGGGGUGAGAGGGAGACUGAUGGCAGUCAGGGGGAGCAGCUGGAUGGCGGAGGCGUGCUGGAGAGCACAGGGGAUACGACCACUGUCUGGAGCAGUCUGGGUCGAGAUGGUUGUUUUCAGAAAGGUUCCCAGCAGUGGCGUAGUCUGGCCCAGGACGAGCCCCAUACCCCUGAAGCCUUGCAGCUACACAGGAACACUCUGGCCAUGGAGAUGCUAUGGCUUCAACAAGCUAUUGCCAGCCGUAAAAAAUACCUGUCACUGAAAGAGAGUCUGAAUAUUUCCUAAUGGCAGAGGACCAAGGAGAGGCUGUUUCUCUAAACUGGACAUUGAUCUGAAGGACUGAAUCUUUCCCCAUGUUGAUAAAUGAAAUUAUGUUAAGAUACAUAAAUAAUCAUAUACCAAAUAAAUUAAUCUAGCUAUCCCACACUGGGAGGGGUAUAAUUAAAUGGUUUUUUUUUUUUUUUGAAGCGGGGGGGUGUAUUUAUUCAAGAUGUGUAUGAGUGGCACAGAGUGAAUGGGGAAAACAUUAUGAAUAAUGUUUAUGUUUGUAACUAUCCAUUAAUGGCGUGGUCAAGUAUAUUAUAGCUAUGUUUUUUAAUAAGAAUAAUACUUGCGUUGUUGCUGUCAGUGCUACAUGUGAUGUUGCUUCACGUCACUGCUAUUGUCUUCAUCGUUCCAUAUAACUAUGGUGAUCUCCAUUCUUUUCAAAUAAAUUAAUGUCGGAGAGAUUCAAGGGAAUUCCUGCUGCCUGUAGUGUAUCUCAGGUGAUCCACACAAGCUCGUAUUUCCCAUUGAGACCACAUACUCAAUACAAUCAUUAAAGUGCAGUUAUGCAA